CGUAGGAUACAGGAAUUAGAUAUCGAUGGAUCUUGCGGACCUUUGACCGAGAGGUUGCUUGCUGCUUUCUUGGAGAAAGAAGAACCCGUGACCAUUGUUCCUUCCCCCGAAGAAACCCAAAUAAACGGAAAUCAUAACGGAACUGGUGUGAAUUCACCCGAAGAUACACAUGUUAAUGGGUAUCACCAAGAAGUGGCUGAAGAACAGAGGGAAUUAUUUAAUAUGGACGAAAGAUUGAAGAGAGAAUUGAAAGCUUUGGGUAUAAUGGAUGAGCAAGAUGUUCAGUGGGAUGAAAGAGAAGACGAUGAAAUAAGCAUUCGACUACGCGAAUUACAAGAAAAAUUGCGACAACAAGUAAAAAUUAAUAAUUAUCGUAAAGAAGUUCUGUUGAAGAAAGUUAAGGAUAGACUGGCAUACAUCGCAUACAAUAAUUAUCUGGACGAAACUGACGCUCAAAUUGAAGAAUUUUAUUUGGCCCGCUUC